UUACUGGUCUCUGUCUCUGUGUUACUGGUCUCUCUCUCUGUUACUGGUCUCUCUCUGUGUUACUGGUGGAACUUUAUCUAAGAUCUGAUUGUUUUUGUCAGUUUCUAGUUUUCUGGACGAUGUGCGACUCCCGUCCAUUCAGUGACAGAGUGAUGAGCUCACCUGUAACCUGAGACACGCUGAGGUCAGCAGAUCUGGAGUCAGACAACUUUCACCUGUGGGAACCAAAGAGACACCUUCCUCUCAGCUAUAUGACCCCCCCCCCCCUGCUCUGUUCCUGGGAUCAGUCGUCUUCUUCCUCUGAGACGAGCAGCGAGCCUGGUCCUCAUGUUUUAGGAUUAAAGCUUCACCCUCUGGAUUCAAACUGAAAACAGAGCAAAGGGAAAUCGUCACAGCUCCACAGUCGAGACGUGAUUUAAGAUAAAGACACAACGACAGCUUCCCUGGAUCUGAGGCGACUCAGGCCCUGAGAUGCAGACCCGUGUGGUCCAGAUCUGGGGUUUCCUGCUGACGGUGCUGGGCUGGAUCUUUGUGGCGUGCACGAUGGCCAUGGAGGGCUGGAAGAUCACCUCCAUCGGGGGCAUGGGGGGCUCCUCCAUCAUCAAGGUGGCCUGGUACUGGUCCAGCCUGUGGAGAUCCUGUUUCACCGACUCCACUGCCGUCAGUAACUGCUACGACUACCCGAUGCUGUGGUCUGUGGAGGGUUACAUCCAGAUCGUGAGGGGCCUGCUGAUGGCGGCUCUCAGCCUGGGGGCGCUGGGCUUCGUGCUCAGUCUGCUGGGGAUGGAGUGCACCUUCAUCGGAGGGAAAGAGCGUUCCAAGCAGAAGAAGAUCUACGCUGGAGGCUGCUGCCACAUCGUCGGAGGUUCUCUGUCUGUCUGCGGCUACGCUGUUUACGCUCAGUAUGUUUCAGUCGAAUACUUCAACCCCGACUUUGAUGGACUGAAGUACGACCUGGGCACUCCUCUGUUCCUGGGCUGGGUCGGCUCAGCUUUCCACAUGACCGGAGGGUUUUUCUAUCUGUGGUCUGUGUGGACGCCGCUCUGUGGAGAAAAUCACACGGUGAUCAACAUUCAGCCAAUAGCUGACCUAGAACAAAACAAGUCCACCGAGGCUCUGUCUUCAGUGUCAGAGAUCACGUCUAAGACCAAAGUGUCGUCUGUCUCUGAGCUGUCGUCCAGGUCCGAGCGCUCAGACGUGUCAGCCAUCUCCUCAAGAUCAGAGCGCACGUCCAAAUCUAAACGCACUGCCAGGUCAGGACAGUCGACGAAGACAGGGCGAAGUAUUAAAUCUGCAGGGUCGGGGUCGGGGUCAGAGUCCGGCCUCUCGUUGAGGUCCAGCAUUCCGACUUUGUCCGAGUCGAGCAGCAGCAGCAGCAGCCGGACGGUCUCGUCUCUGUCCAGCAGCGCGAGGAGCGAGACGACGCCGGUCAGCAGAAACUCUUUUAUCUGAGGAGAAACAAACUGGACAAUUCAUGAAGCUUUAACUUCAACUGGAUGUUUCGUGUGAAUAAAAACUGAUGAAAUCUUGUGUAUUAAAAAU